GGAGGCAGACAAGUUAACACAGGUUAGCUAAUGUCAACACACUCCUGACGUACAGCCUGUUAGCUUAGCUUAGCCUGUUGCUAACCGUAUAGUAACACUCCUGCUGCACUUGUCAACAUUUUGCACGUCACACUUUUAUCUUUUGUUGCUUUUGAGUUAAAAACGACUUUUAUCCAGGAUGCAGGUGCAGAGAGUCGUUCUCAACUCACGUCCAGGUAAGAAUGGGGUGCCAGGUCCUGAGAACUUCCGGCUGGAGGAGUCCAGUUUGGCGCCUGACCUGCAGGAGGGGGAGGUCCUGGUCCGGACGCUUUACCUUUCAGUCGACCCCUACAUGCGCUGCAGGAUGAACGAGGACACCGGGGCUGAAUACCUGACUCCAUGGCAGCUGUCUGCCUGUGCGGAUGGCGUGGGCAUCGGCGUGGUGGAGUCCAGCCGCUGCAGCUCUUACUCUGUGGGAGAUGUGGUCACCUCGUUCAACUGGCUGUGGCAGACCCACGCAGUGAUGAAAGGAAGCGUCUUACAGAAGGUUGAUCCCCAGUUGGCUGACGGGCACUUAUCCUACUUGUUGGGUGCGGUCGGCCUCACAGGCCUCACUGCCCUGCUGGGUGUGAGGGAGAAGGGUCACGUCACCAAAGGGGCCAAUCAGACCAUGGUGGUCAGUGGGGCUGCUGGGGCCUGUGGCUCCAUAGCUGGACAGAUUGGCCGGCUGGACGGCUGUGUGAGGGUUGUGGGGAUCUGUGGAUCUGAAGAGAAGUGCAGUGCUUUACUGGAUCUGGGCUUCUCCGCUGCCAUAAACUAUCGAGAGGAUGAUGUACCGGCCCGACUGAAGGAGUGCUGUCCUGAUGGAGUAGAUGUUUACUUUGACAAUGUGGGAGGUCCCAUCAGCGAUACUGUCAUUUCACAGAUGAACAGCGGCAGCCAUGUGAUCCUGUGUGGGCAGAUCUCUCAGUACAACAAGGAUGUGCCGUAUCCUCCACCUUUGAGCGAGGAGACACGGGAAACUCUGCAAAGCAAGAGCAUCACCAGAGAGAGAUUCAUGGUGCUUCAGUACAUGAGCCAAGCAGAAGCUGCCCUCUGUGAACUCAGCCAGUGUAUUAAAUCAGGCCAGAUCAAGGUGCUAGAAACUGUGGUGGAUGGCAUUGAAAACAUGGGAGAUGCAUUUUGCUCUAUGAUGAAAGGGGGAAACAUUGGCAAACAAAUUAUAAAGAUAUCAGAGUGAGGAUAAUCACCACAGUUCCCGGUAGCUACUACUCUCUCCAGACACCUCGAGAAAUGAACCCAUUAAGGUAAUGAGCUCAAGUAAGACAUUGCAUCGCUUUGCAGAUGCCAGUUGAUUGCAAUUACAAACCAGAAAUGAAAAAAAUCACAUAACGUUCUCUCUUUAUGAUCUUGUGAAAAGUAAAAUUAAAAAAGUGUUUGAAAACCUGAUAAGUAUUGAGUAUUACAACUUUUUUAAUUAUAUUUUCAGAAGUCAGGGCCACAGUAAAAAAUAAACAAAGAUUAGAUAUUUGCUUAUAAUAUUAAUCUACGUGUUACACAUUUUAAAUUGCAGUAAUACGAAAUUAUUUUAAAAGAUCAUCACCCAAAAUAAACGUUACUGAACCAUAAAGAGACAUCAUCAGACGUUGUCCUAUUUGGAGAACAAGUGACAAAAGGCAAUAAGGUUAUAUCUAGUGGAGAAAUAACUGUUUUGACUGUUUAUUAGCACUACUGUAAUUAAAUGUGUCGUACAUAUAGUACUGUCAAACUACUGUCUGUUGGUACCAGGGUUGGUAUGUGUGAACUACUGUGUAAUGGGGUAUCAUGAUCUGGUUUUACUUACAAUUGCUAGCUGGCUAAUAUAAACAUUGUUCCUGUGCAACUGGAAACGCCAUCAACCCGAGGUCUGAGGUGUAAAGGAACAAGACCUUUUCAGCGCGCUACGCAGCUGGAGCUAACGAGCUACAUAAAACUACAUAAGCUUCUUGCUGCAGUUUAUGCUUUGAAUUGUUCAUAUACUAGUGUAAUACCACUAUAGCAUUACUGUGUGUUUUGGCCGACAAGCAAAUAACAAGUAUUAGAUGGCUAGCACCACAUCCAGCAUUGCCAUUGGUCUUCAUUGUUAUGUCCUUGAUAUUAUUUGAUUCAAACUUAAGAUUUUUCAUAUCACACAAACUGUAAAUAAACCGUGGGACUUUAA